AUGUUAGCUGAGACUCGGGGUCCAGACCAUUUGGGAACAGGCGCACCAUGGAAGUCCUCCACCUCGGGGAAAGAUAUCAAACAUUCGGGGAAUCAGCAUAGGCAACGGGGAGCAGAGCACCUGCGACAAGUGUCCAGUCAAAGAAGCUCCUUCCUAGGACUGGAAACGAGGCCAGAGCUGGUCUGGGAGGACUGGGACUAUGGAAAAGAGUUCACGAAGAUAUUAAUGAUAAAAAACAUCCACAGCAAGCUGCAGAAGCUAAAUUUAAGACCUCCAAUAUCUAGGUUCUUCACCAUCCAGAUUCCCCAGAUAAUUGCUGUCAGCCCAGGGACUUCUUUCUCAAUACCAAUCACCUUUAGACCACUCCAAAGGUGUGAAUAUGAAGACAGCAUUGAGUUCCAAAGUAAAGAUGGCAGCUUCCAAGUAUGUCUCCGUGCCAUCAUUCCCUGUCAUGCCCUGGAGGUUCCUGACUCUGUGCUGCUGCCACUCUGUGCUGUUCAGCACUCCACACAUACUACUUUCCUGCUCAAAAAUGCCAGCAAACUCCAAACAUGCUUCCAGUGGGAGUGUGCUGCACCUUUCCAGUUGAGGCCUGAGCAAGGCCUGUUGAAGCCUGGCCAGGGCUGUUCCAUCACUGUCGUCUUCCAACCACAAGAGGCGCUAGUGUACCAGCAACAGGCCUGCUGCACAUUUGGAGAAGAGGGGGAUGAGACAGGAAGCUGCUGCACUGUGCUCCUGCAGGGACUAGCCAAAUACCCAUGUCUUCAGCUGAGAAAUAAGAGUAACAAGAAUGAAAGUGAACAGGGUGGUUUAGUGCUGCACUUUGGCUCUGUGGCAGUUGGCCAAAGUUUGCAGAAAUAUUUCGACAUCUUUAACCCUUCUCCUGUAACUGCGUCAUUCUCUCUUUCAAGACUCUUUGGUGGAGUGCCUUUAUUGGGGUCAGAGUUCAGUUGUGAUAUUACUAGGGGGAAGGUGGCACCUGGUGGAUCACUACAGGUUACAGUUACCUAUACUCCUGCUGCAGUUGAUACUGUCUUUGUUGAGUAUUUGUCUCUACAGUGUAGAGGGGCACUGAGCAAAACCCUGAUCAAACUCACUGGAAACUGUAUAGGUCCCAAAGUUUCCUUGUCAUCAUCUGUGGUGGAUUUUGGCUGUGUUGAAGAAAGAGGAGCAGUUGUUCAGACAGUGGAGCUAGUCAAUUCUUCACCUGCUGAGGCUAUCUACCAAUGGGAUCUUGACUGUAGCGGACACAGUGUGUUCAGCAUACAGCCAGCAAGUGGCACUGUACACCCACAUAGCCGUAUAACAGUGAAGACAGUGUACAGGCCCACACAGGCUUUCGCACACCACAGGAGAGUGGUGUGUUUUAUACUGCACAGGGACCCUGAGUUCCUUGACCUGAUUGGAACCUGUCACUCAGAGCUCCAGAAACCAGCUGUAUUGAAACCCGAACACUUGGUUCUGUACAGGUCUCAUUGGUACAGUAGACAGGACCCACCAGACACUCUUACUGACAUGCAGCAAGACCAUAAUAUACAACUAGACCAGCAGGGGGUCCUCUGCCCACUGGAGGAGUCAAACCAAAGACCAGACAGUGCUGAUAUUGUGUCGAGCACUCCCGUAGAGAACUAUUACCAGUACCAGGGCAGCAUGGAUCCUCUCUCUUCCAUUUCAUCUUCAUUGUCUCCGCGUGUAUCUGUGGUGCCCAGUGAGCUGUUGUUUAAUCACAAAAUGCCCUCCUCCCUGUCUACUUCAUCCACUUCCUCUCAGGCUGUCUCCAUUACCAACCACACCGGACGGAAACUCUGCCUGGUGUGGACUGUUGCCCAAGAUUCUCCAUUUUCUACCUCUCCCUUGUCAUGUGACCUGGCUCCACUGAAGUCCACCUCAUUCAGAGUGACGUAUGACCCUAAGCAGCUCAAUACUCUGCAUGGAGCUCAACUUGAGUGCUUUGCGUACUAUAAGCAGGACAAUCAUCCUGCUGAGGAGCGACUGCUGUGUCCUCCCUGCUGUGUGACUGUCAGAGUCGUUGGCCACUCCUUCCAGCCAGGGAAAGAGCACUUUAUCCCAUGCUGGUCCCUUAAGCCCCAUCAAGUGGUUUUUCCAGGCCUGGGUGUUCUUUGCUCUCGAACAGUGCUCUUCCAGAAUGUUGGAGACCUGCCGCUCACUUUCUGUCUGGACCCACACCACAACUCAAACCCCACCUUGGCAUCAGUAUCUGUAAUGCCGAGCUGCGGUUUGAUCCAGCCAGGGGAUCACCAAAUCUUCACCCUCAGAACAACACCCACAGAAGACAGUCCCAAACAGGGAUUUAGUUUCCACCUGCAGCUCAAUGCAGCUAAACACAUGCAGGAACUGGCAGUUUUUAACAUGGUGGAAAAGUUUUGUGUGUCUCUGGAAGGAGAUGGCAGUUUAUAUUUCCAGCCUACAGCUGUGGGCUCACAGACACAGCGCACCCACCACCUUAGGAACCUCAGCCGCCUGCCUCUACGGUUCCAGUGGAGCAUUCCAGAGUCAGACCAGGAGCUUAUCUUUGUUGAACCAGAUGCUGGUGAACUGCAUCCCAAUGAGAGCUCAAUACAGACAUGGUCCUUCAGUCCGCUGGAAGAGAAGGCAUACACACUCAAACCUACUCUCACUUUCUGGCCGACCCAGACUCCUGAAUGUAACACAUCACAGCUUACCCUCAAAGUGGUGGGAUGCGGCUGCAUAGGCGUCAUUGAGGCAGAGAGAGCAGUUAUGGAUUUGGGGGAGACUCUGGUUGGAAGUUACCAGUCAAUUGACGUUCCUCUGGUGAACAACAGCCCCUGUCCUGUCUCCUUUUGUCUCUCUGUACAGCAGAUACUACAGGAUGAGGAACAUAUUUAUGACCCUAAAACUGAGCCAAGUGCCCUGCAGCUGGACUGUGAGAAGGCAACCAUUGCCUCACGUUCCAAAAUGCUGCUCCGAUCCACAGUCAGGCCACGCAGACGAGCCCAGUACUUAUGGACCAUCAGUUACCAGACACUGGACUCCAGUGGCUUUGUGUCAUCCCCUCCGCAGGCAGUGUGUGAAGUGCGCACUAAGGGUGUGUUCCCCACUCUGCAGGUGAUUGAUGCAGUAUGUAGUGGCAGUGUCGGCAGGCUCAACAAGCUACAUCUGUGGAAACUCUUCUCAUUGGACAGCCUCAAUGAGCACUUGCUCUCCAACCCCUCCACUGUAGAACUCACUUACAGAACCCCCACCAGGCACAGUUUGCGCUCUUGUCCUUCCACCUUUACCAAAGUCUUGUUGGAUUUUAGCUUCAGCUCAGCUCCCCUGAAUUCACACCCCUCUACUAUUGUGUUGAUGUUUCACAACCCUGGCUCCAUCCCUGUAGACUGGACAUUCUUAUUUCCAGAGGACCAACAGAUAGAGUUGGAGUAUUGGGCCGAGACAGGAGAGUUUAGCAGCACUGAAUUGUACCACAUGAAGGUUCAGGACAACCAGCUUUUCAGCAUUUAUCCUCGUUCUGGUACUUUGCUCCCUGGCCAGCAGAGGGCAGUGCACUUCAGCUACAGCCAUGACUUUGCUGGGACGGAUCAGUUUCCCAUCGUGUUCAAACUCUCUUAUGGCAGAGAGAUCUUGCUGAACUUUCAGGGGGUGACAGUAGAGAGAGACAGACCAUACCUUCACUUUGCCUCCAAUCAACAUGUCCUCACUUCUGUAACUAUUGGGGAUUUAACUCCUCCAAGCCAGGUGUAUGAAUUAUACAAUGGUGGUGCAGUGCCAGUCCAUUACGAUGUGGAUACAGCUGUUUUGUCACAGCUACAGGUGGACAACUUUAAUCAUCCAGUGCUUUGCUGCCUCAAUCCAGAAGGAUUGGUCCUACCGGGUCACACAGCCAUGUUGGAGUUUAUCUUCUCACCGUUGGAGGCCAAGAUGUACUAUAUGGAUGUUCCUAUCCACAUCCAAGAUGGAGGCUCCACACUGGUGAGGUUUGAGGGAUGUGGAUUAGAUUCUCCAACACUUGGCUCCUCAAACCCAUUUAAAUGCAGUGAGGCUAAGCCCCCUGUACCCUGUGUGCAGAGGGUGCCCUUCCCGGGACAGAUGGUGCUCCUGUCUGAGGACAGUGUCUCUCUAGGCAACAUACCUGUCUACUCACGAUGCUCAAGAAUCUUCUUUCUCACCAACGUGUCCCGUAGAGACACCUUCUACUGUUCAUGGGACCUGGUCCAGCUGAGCACUCAACAGGUGGUGCAGAUCCAUCCAGAGCAAUGCAGUCUGUGUCCAGGGGAGAGAGUCCUUUGUGUCCUUACCUUCACCUGUAAUGACUACCCCACCAUUUAUCGACUAGAUCUCAUCUGUCAGGUUACUCAGGAGGCAGCACUGGUUCGGUAUCAUGAUGCUCUGCAGCGCUGGGAGCAAGAGAAAAAGAGACAGCAAGAUGAAUUCACUAUUAUGGACAAAGACCUUACAGAAAGCCGAGGGGAACCUGUAGCUGCUCCCUUAAGAAAAGGGCCAUCACUCAGGAGAUAUAAGACUCUUCCUCCUAUCUGUGCCAGUAGUAGUUGUGAAACACUGGGCACUAUAUGUACCAAGCUAACAAAAGCCGAACGGCGGGCACAGCGCGAAACAAUGGAAGUAAGGAGGCGCCCUGUACCGCCUCAACCUGCUCUGCUACAUCUGGAGGUUACAGCACACUCCCACGAUACACUGGAGUUCCUCGCACACUUCCCUGACCAGUUCAAUAAACAUUAUAGAUGCCUCCAGUCACUCAAGCCCCAGAAGCCUGAAACUUUGUCCAGCACACCCCUCCCUGCUGGGCUGCCUCCACAGACACACACCCACAGCCCUGAGAAAGACAUCGUCUCACACAUAUUCAACUCUCUGUUCAGAGACAUAUUGGAAGAUGAAGCUUUCGCCCAGUCUCUGAUUACUUUGGCCUCCAGGCCUGUCACCUACCAGCCAGCUCUACCCCCUACACCCCAACCUCAAGUUCUGUUGAAUGAGACUAAGGCUGAACUGAAUGAACAGCACAGCACAGUGGACAGUGAUGGAACUGCAGGAUGUUCAGGGAACAGACUCAAAACAGAAACCACACUGAGCACUCGACAUGUGUCUACUGACAUAAGUGAAGAUGUUUUGCUGAACACCCUCCAGAAUCUGAUGAUGGAAGCUGUCAGUGGAGAGCUUUCCCUCACAGUACACCCCCGCACUAUUAUCUUGCCACCUGUUUCUGCCAGGACCAGGCGGAUGUCCAGACCCAAGGAGGAAGAGAAAAUGUGAAAAUCAAAAAGAAAUAAGCAUGAACUUAAUUAGGAGCCUCACCAUCUACCAACAUCUUGGAGGCCCAUCUCCCUCUUUUGUUUUCACUGAAAGUCAACGUAUCAGCAUGUUCAGUUUAACCUGACACAUGAUCUGUAGCUCUUG